GCUCAUGGCCGUGGAUCAGAGCCACCCAAGGAUCAAGGGUUGGUGUUUUCUACACUUGGUGCAAUGAUUCAUCACUCGACACUGAAUGGGCUUAUCUCCACGUCCUCCGGGGCUCGCAGCAGCUGGCAGCUUACUCACCCAGUCUCCAGUGUUAUCUCUGAUCCUGCUCUGGGACUGGACGUGAACCAUAGCUCCUGAAAGGAAGGUCCUUGAGGAACUUUGGCUGGAAAACCAUCGUAUAUAUAGGACGCGGCAACUGCGCGCUGUAAUCCCUGUGCUGAUCAUGACGGGUCUUCUGGUCUUCGGUGCUCUUCUGGCAGUUGCCUGCAGCCAAAAGCUGUUUGUGGGGGACCAAGUUCUCCGCAUCUCCGCCAACAAUGAGGAGCACGUUGCAUUGCUCAGGGGAUUAGAGGAGUUGGAAGACCUGCAGCUUGACUAUUGGGCUGCCCCUGCCAAGCCUGGCCUCCCGGUGGAUAUCAGAGUCCCCUUCCCGAGCCUCCAGCCUGUCAAAAUCUUCCUGGAGUCUAACGGCAUUCCCUACACCAUCAUGAUAGAGGACGUGCAGACAUUGCUGGACGAGGAGAAAGAAGCCAUGGAGAGGGCCAGAAAAUUGGAGAGAAGCAGCAGCGGCUUUGAUUUCUCCACCUACCACACCAUAGAAGAGAUCUACAGCUGGAUGGACGAUCUCGUGGCCCAACAUCCCGACCUGGUCAGCAAAAUUCAGAUUGGAGAGAGCUAUGAAAAGCGGCCUCUUUAUGUGCUUAAGUUCAGCACAGGGAGAACUGUGAAAACUCACCGUCCUGCCAUUUGGAUUGAUACCGGCAUUCACUCUCGGGAGUGGAUCACCCAGGCGACCGGCGUGUGGACGGCCAACAAGAUAGCCACUGAAUAUGGCAAGGAUGCCUCCCUCACUGCCAUCCUAACCAGCAUGGACAUUUUCCUCGAGAUAGUCACCAACCCCGAUGGCUUUGCUUAUACUCACAGCCAGAACCGCAUGUGGCGAAAGACCCGGUCCAUCAAUGCUGGAUCUUCCUGUAAAGGUGUGGACCCCAACAGGAACUGGGAUGCAGGCUUUGGAGGCCCUGGUGCCACCAACAAUCCCUGCUCAGAAACCUACCAUGGACCCUACCCCUUUUCCGAGAGCGAAACAAAGUCCGUUGCAGACUUCAUCCUCAGCCAUGGAAAGAUGAAGGCCGCGAUCUCCAUCCACAGUUACUCUCAGAUGCUGAUGUUCCCUUAUGGCUACAAGGAAGAGCCUGCUCCUAACCAUCAGGAACUGGACGAUCUAGCCAAAGAGGCAGUGGAUGCCUUAGCUGCGGUACACGGGACUCAGUACAGAUACGGGAGCACGAUCCACACCAUUUACCAAGCUGAUGGCAUCACCAUUGACUGGACCUAUGAUAAUGGUGUCAAGUACUCCUACACCUUUGAGCUGCGAGACACCGGCCGUUACGGCUUCCUCCUGCCAGCCGCUCAGAUCAUCCCAACGGCGGAGGAGACGUGGCCGGCUCUGAUGAAGAUCAUGGUGCACGUCCACGAACAUCCCUAUUAACAAAACAAAACAAAACAAAACAAAACAAAACAAAACAAAACAAAACAAAACAAAACAAAACAUGAGUUGCAGCUGCCAAGCCAAAUCCUUAAGCCAAUCCUUGUGAGUGGGCAUCACACCAAAUAAAGGAUGCAGCUCCACACCUUA